GAAUGAGGAGGGAAGGAGGGACGGAGUAACCCCCCUCCCACCAAGGACUGGGGACCGUGGAAACAGAAUGGGCAGAAUCCCCUCCCCAGCUCGCUCCAUGGAUGGCCGACUGGAGGAGGACGUUCUCCGUCUCUCCCUGCUUUCCCUCCAGUUCUCCUCCUGCCUCCCCGCCCCUCCUCUCUCUGCCCUGGGGGACGCCUCGCCGUCACUCAUGCCUUAAACCAGGAGAUGGUCACUAGUUUCUAAGCUUGUUCCUGGGAGUGGGACAUCCCACACUCCGUGCUCUGGUGUGAGGUGUGGGAUUGAAGCUCCUCACCAACGUCCCAGCUGAGGCAGAAGGAUGGGGCUGCUUUCGGACCCGAGCCGCAGGCAAGUCCUGACGGGGCUCGUCACCAAGAUGAAUGCGCCGCUGUGCCUCCUGUGCUACGUGGCAGGCAUCGUCUGGUUCCUUGGCCUGGCAUUUGAACCCUUCAUCCUGCGCAUGUACACAUCGGAGAAUGCCAUGGGCUCCACCAUGGUGGACGAGAACUUUCUGUUCGGGGACAGGGCGCUCUCGUACGCCCGUGAGUUCUCAGGGCAUCGGAAGAGGGCAGGUGGCAUGCCCGUCGACUGGCUGCUGAAGACCAUGACCGGCCUGGGACUGGAGACACACACCCACAGCUUCUCCCGCACCCUGCCCUUCCCGGAUGAGAUCCGCGAGAGAUAUAUGGUGAAGGGCACUAACGUCUAUGGCAUCCUGCGGGCUUCCAGGGCAGCGAGCACCGAGUCCAUCGUCCUCAGCACCCCUGUUCAAACAAAGUACAACAGCCAAGCCGCAGGGCUGCUCCUCGCCCUGGCUUCCUACUUCCGAGGUCAGAUCUACUGGGCUAAGGACAUCAUUUUCCUCUUCAAUGAGCACGACAUGAUUGGCAUGGAGGCAUGGCUCGAGGCCUACCAUGACGUCAACGUCACAGCAAUCAGCUCGUCAGUGAUGCAGGGCCGGGCCGGUGCCAUCCAGGCCGCCAUUACCAUCGAACUGAGCAGUGACGUGGUCACCAGCUUCGACAUCAGUGUGGAGGGGCUGAACGGCCAGCUGCCCAACCUGGACCUGGUCAAUCUCUUCUCCUCCUUCUGUCAGAAGAACGGCGUCCUCUGUACUAUACAGGGAAAGUUGCCGAGGUCAGACGGGGACUCGCUGGACGGGUACCUACACUCUCUGAACACCAUGCUGCUGAUGGUGCUGAAACAGGGCUCUGGCAAGCCCCAGGGAGACCACGGCCUCUUCCUGCGCUACCACAUCGAAGCGGUCACCAUCCGCGGAAUCAACAGCUUCCGCCAGUACAAAUACGACAUGGUCACCGUCGGCAAGGUGUUUGAGGGGAUCGUGCGGAAGCUCAACAACCUGCUGGAGCGACUCCACCAGUCGUACUUCUUCUACCUGCUGCCCUCUCUCACCCGCUUCGCUUCCAUCGGGUACUACAUGCCAGCUUUCGUUUUCCUUCUCUUCAUCCUGCUGCUGAGAGCUCUGGACCUGUGGAUCAAACUCUCAAAGGUGUCCGUGUGCCCUGCUGAGUCUCUAGAGGAGGAGCCGAGGCCUGGCUUCCUGAGCACCAUGACGCCUAUCUUCAUCUGCCACGCCAUGGGGCUGGCACUCUACUAUGUGCCCCUGCUGUGCCAGGGUGCAGCCACUGACCACUUCCCCGUGUCUGAGACCGAGGCCGUGGUCCUCACUUCCAUCGCCAUCUACGUGGCUGGUCUGGCUCUGCCCCACAAUACACAGAGGGCUCUGCCGAUGGAGCUGACAGAGCGCGGCUGGAUGAUUCUGAAGUUGAUUGCCAUCCUGUACCUGGCCCUUCUCCUCGGUAGCAUCACCCUCAUCAACUUCUCUCUCGGCUUCAUCCUGGCCGUCAGCCUGGUCCCUGCUGCCGCUGUGGUUCAGCCUGCACCCUACAAGGUGUUGAACGCUGUGCUGCUGAUGCUGCUCUCCCCACCGAUGGUGGUCAUUGUCUGCAUUUACCUGUACCACGAGCUGUCAGAGUACCCGGUCACCAUCCUCGAGUGCUGGCAGCUCUUCCUGCAGGCUGUGGCCGAGGCCAUUCUUGACCACCACCUCUACGGCUCCAUUGUCUACCCCUUCCUGGCGCUCCUCAUCUACCCGUGCUGGCUCCUGCUCUGGAACGUUGUCUUCUGGAAGUGACGGAGGUCCUGCCACCCCCAGCAAACUCUCACCCUGUGGAGUGCCUGAAGUUCCCUCACCCCCUCCGUCACUGUGGGCUGGUGAUAGGGCGGUGGGCUCCAGACACACAGACGUCAGACUAACCCUAACCCUGGCACCCCCAGCAAACUCUCACCCUGUGGAGUGCCUGAAGUUCCCUCACCCCCUCCGUCACUGCGGGCUGGAGGCAGAGUGGCUGGUGAUAGGGCGGUGGGCUCCAGACACACGAAUGAGGGGCAGUGGGAGCUGGGAGGUGGGAAGAGGGGAGAGGGGGCACGGAGAUGAUGCUGGCAUGUUAAAGGUAGUUGGGAGGGAGAGUCUUUGGAAAAAGGGGGGUUGCUUACAGUGGUGGGAGGAGAGAGGAGAUGAAAAGGGAAGAGUACAUAGGAGGUGAGGAGAAAUGAGUGGGGAAAGACAACAGCGAGGGGGAGAGAGAGAGAGUUCAGGGGAAAGAAGAUACACCUGGGGGGUAUCUGCAAUGGUUCGUGGGGGAGAUGUCACCAAGGGGCUGGGCCAGAGGAACAGGUAGGGUUUGGGAGGAAGGCGGGGAGAGACACGGGAGAGGGAUUUUCAGAGGAGGUUGGGAGUGGGGAAGACAGUACCGAGAGGGUGUAGGGUCUCUCUAUGGCAGCAGAGAUUUUGGAGAGAGGGGAGUGAGUGAAAUGGGAGGGUUCUGCACUUGUCUGUCUCUCUGAACCUCAGUCGCUGUGGGAUUCAGCCCCUUGGCUGGCGUGGGGCAUCUAGGUCACUCUCAGUGCAGGAAUGGUGAGAGUCCAAUCAAGUUGCUGGGUGGUUAAGUUAAAUGAAAGUCUCCUCGCCCUUUUCAUUCCAGUUUGUGUACAAAGUCAUCAGGAGGAUUAAAGGUGAAUCACAAAAUAAAAAUUACCUGUAUCCAU